AUGGACAUCCCCAUCAGCAGCAGAGACUUCCACUGCCUGCAGCUGGCCUGUGUGGCCCUGGGUCUGGUGGCUGGCAGCAUCAUCAUCGGAGUCUCGGUGUCCAAGGCUGCGGCUGCUGUGGGCGGCAUCUUUCUCGGUGCUGCUGGGCUGGGGCUCCUCAUCUUUGCCUACCCCUUCCUGAAGGCUCGGUUCAACCUGGAGCGCAUCCUGCCCACAAUAGAGGAACUGGGGUGGUCUUAUCCUUUAGAGAGCCUGAGAAUCCACCCCAACCCAGGAUCAGACCAAGGAGAGGGAAGAUCUGGUACCAAUGGAAAUAAGGAAGGAGCCCGCAGCAGCCUGUCCACUGUGACCAGGACGCUGGAGAAGCUGAAACCAGGAAGCCGUGGGACCGAGGAGGGCUAGGCAAGGGCCACCCCACUUCCUGACUAUUACCCUAUCUCAGAGCCCUCCUGGGUCCAACUUAGAAGAUCCAAACCAGAAAUGAACCAGGCUCUGGAGAUGGCAGACCAGCAUUUGCCUCGGACCCAGACUCUUCAGAACAGAUGCCACUGGUGUCACAUUGGCCCCAUGGGACUCCCUUGUUUCAGCCACUUAACCUGACAUUUCUCUCAGGACUGCAACUCUGCUUUGUUCCCUUUUUGAUCUACGGACUGGUUUCUCUAGAAUCUGGAGACUGGGUCCCUGACUACACCCAGAGAUGCCUCAGGUCCUUGCUUCAUCCUGACCACAGAAGCUGACCGUGAGACCACAGGAAACACAGAUUGGGAGCCCAGCUAAGCCCCUCAGCCUCCGCAGCCCAGGUGGGAGGAAUGGGCCCAGAUUCCUUUCAGAACAUCAAGCUCCUGGUCAGUUCCUCAGGGACAGGCUCUGAGCAGCAGUUAGUCAGAGAGGGCCAUAUCCCCUGGUCCCUAGAGGACACAGACUCACAGAAGGACAGACCCAUUGAGGGCUUUGUAUACUCUGGCUCUAGAUAAGCCUCUAGCUGUCCCUUUUCUCCCCUGUCACUGCUCCCUAAACAGGACCUAUGUUUACCUCCAAGCAUGGGCUUGUCUCUGGAGUGCUCCUUGCUCCUUCUGCUUAUGAAAACUCCCCUCCUUUAAAGGCCCAGCUCAGAGAACCAAUGCUCUUCUCAUCCUCUUCCAUCAGCCUGGUCCCUCUCUUGACAACUCCAGGAAGGCUCAAAGUCUUCUUUUUCACGGAAAUAACCAUUAAGCCUACUGCCCUUUUUCAAGUCCCUAGCACAAGACAAGGCACACAGUAGGUGUUCGACAAAUGUUAGUGGCUUAAAUUUAAUGGGAAAACAACUCCCAAGACUUCCCUGGAGAGCCAUGUCAGGGCCCCAUCAACCUGGGCAAGGAGACCAAGGUGCACAUGGCCAGGUAAAAGAUACCAUCUUCCCUCCACACCUGCACCUCUAGGCCAACAGCAUUCUUUGAACUCAUGUGCCCUCUGUUCUUGUUUGGGAAGCAGGAGACAAGCUAGGAACAUUCUUAGAAGCCUCCUCUGAUGUCCCUGUGCUUCCAUAGCACCAAAGUUCCCUCCAGCACAGAGGAGGUUCUGGUUUUCAGUGGUUCUGGGCUGUUUCUCCCCCUUGAAAGUGAGAGCAGAGAGCUAGGAACACAGAAGACACCCAGUGCAUGUUGGAAAACCAAACCAAAGUGGAAAAACCCAUCUCACUACACAGAUGGAAAAUUGAGGGCAUACAGGAAAAGGGACUUGGGGAGUCCCCCAGGGAAAGUCGUGGAGCCAGACCUUGCAUCCAGGUCUUCUGUCUCUGUAGCUGAGGCUACAUCCUCUAUACAGGUGCAGGACUUAACUCCCUGACCACAG